UACUAAUGAAGCUCACUCAUCAGUACUUGUCUUCCUCUCUGCCUCCCUCUGACAUCACACUCUUCAUCUACAAUUGCAAAUUAGCUAGCUAGCUAGCUUCUCAACAACUGAUUAAUUACCAAAAGGAUAAAUGGAGGCAUUGAGGAUGAAGCUCUUUGUUGCGGUGGUGAUGCUGUUGAUGGCCGUGUCGGCCGUCGGGAAUGUAGCCGCAGCAGAGGCCCCUGCCCCUAGUCCUGUGUCCGAUGCCACUGUCUUUCUACCCGCGGCUUUUGCCUCUCUUGCCGCCCUCGCAUUUGGUCUUCUCUUCUAAUUCUCUCUCUCUCUCUCUCUCUCUCUCUCUCUCUCUCUCUCUCUCUCUCUCUCUCUCUCUCUGUUUGCAGAUUCUUUCACUUUUUUUAUUUUUUAUUUAACCGGGGUGGAAUGUGUGUGGAAUAAUUUUCUGAGUCUCUAUUCCGAGUCGCAGUUACUAGAUCGAAAAUAGCAGUAUCAUGAGUUUGGGUGAGGGGGAGGGGAUUAGACUCUUUUGAUUAGGCUUUCAUUUGUUAUUAUUUGUAUUUUUUUUUUUUUUUGUAAAUCAUCGUAUGAAUAUAUUCAAAUUGUUGUAUUACAAUUUCCAUUACGAAUAUAUUUCUACUCUCAAAUUGAAUGUCA